GAAUAUUAAUCAGCUCUCCUUCACUAUAGUAGGAGUCGUAGUUUCGCCGGGGAUCGCAGGUGAGCGAGGAAGUUCCCACCGUCAUUUCCAGACAUUCAGCUGGUGCCAUGGCUAAAAAAUUAAGCAUAUGAAUAUUAGUUUCUCCUGUAAGUAUAAUGAGAAAGUGCCUUUGAUAUGAAAUAAAUCUGUGCGAAGGGACUCGACUCCUGUUGCCAUGGCUCUGUCGGAGUUGUAUACAAAGUAUAACAGGGUGUGGAUCCCUGACGCGGAACAUGUUUGGCAAUCUGCGGAGAUUCUGGUAGAUUUCAAGACUGGUGAGACUGUGCUGGAGCUACAGUUGGAGGAUGGGACGGAGUUGGAGUAUCCUCUGGAAGAGGGUGAGAAGUUGCCACCCCUCCGAAACCCGGACAUCCUGGUGGGUGAGAAUGACCUCACUGCCCUCAGUUACCUUCACGAGCCGGCCGUUCUACACAACCUCAAAGUCCGAUUUGUCGAGUCCAAAAUCAUCUACACAUAUUGCGGAAUUAUCCUGGUGGCAGUCAAUCCAUACAAAACUCUUCCUAUCUAUGGAGAUGCGGUCAUCCAUGCUUACUCUGGUCAAAAUAUGGGCGACCUGGACCCUCAUAUAUUUGCUGUUGCUGAAGAGGCCUACAAACAAAUGGCCAGGAAUGGCAAGAAUCAGUCCAUCAUUGUGAGCGGUGAGUCCGGGGCUGGAAAGACCGUAUCUGCUCGCUAUGCUAUGAGGUACUUUGCUGUGGUUAGCAAAUCUGGCAGCAAAUCUCGGGUGGAGGACAAGGUUUUGGCAUCCAACCCAAUCACCGAGGCCAUUGGAAAUGCAAAAACAACCAGAAAUGACAACAGCAGUCGAUUUGGGAAGUACACUGAGAUCAGCUUCGACAAAAGAUACCAAAUCAUCGGAGCAAACAUGAGGACAUACCUUCUGGAAAAGUCAAGGGUGGUUUUUCAGUCAGAGAAUGAGAGAAAUUAUCACAUCUUCUACCAAAUGUGUGCAUGUGCAAAUCAGCCGGAGUUUAAAGGCUUAAGACUGUUGUCCGCAGACAAGUUUAAUUACACACGUGUGGGUGGUGAGACAGAGAUCGAAGGUGUGGACGACCGCUCUGACAUGGCAGAAACACGCAGGACCUUCAGUCUACUAGGUCUUAAGGACAGUUUUCAGGCUGAUGUGUUUAAGGUGCUUGCUGCGAUUCUGCAUCUGGGCAACGUGGUAAUCAAGGAGAACGGCUCUGAGAAAUCGUCCAUCGGUUCCAGAGACCCUCACUUGGCCAUUUUCUGUGAGCUAAUGGGCAUCAAAAUGGACAACAUGAGCCGCUGGCUGUGUCACAGACGGAUAGUCCUGUCUGCAGAGACGGUGGUCAAACCGCAGCCCAAGGAGCGUGCCAUCAACGCCCGUGAUGCCCUUGCCAAACACAUCUACGCCCAUCUUUUCAACUGGGUCAUCCACAAGAUCAACCAGGCUCUGAUGAUCCCUGGGAGACAGCAUUCAUUUAUUGGGGUGUUGGAUAUUUAUGGAUUUGAGACCUUUGACGUGAACAGUUUCGAGCAGUUCUGCAUCAACUACGCCAACGAGAAGCUGCAGCAGCAGUUCAACCUGCACGUGUUUAAACUGGAGCAGGAGGAGUACAUGAAAGAGGAUAUUCCCUGGACGCUGAUUGAUUUCUAUGACAAUCAGCCCGUUAUUGAUCUCAUCGAGGCUAAGAUGGGCAUUCUGGACCUUUUGGAUGAGGAGUGUCUGUUUCUGCAGGGCACUGAUAAAAACUGGCUGCAAAAGCUGUACAACUUUCUAGGCUCAAGGCCGCUGUUUGAGAAACCCCGAAUGUCUAAUGACUCUUUUGUGAUCCAGCAUUUUGCUGAUAAGGUAGAAUACCAGUGUAAAGGGUUUUUGGAGAAGAACAGAGACACUCUGUAUGAAGAGCUGUUGGACAUCAUGCGCACUAGUCAGAAUGCUCUCUUGGCAGUUUUUUUUAAAGAGGAGGAAACAAAUUCAAGCCAUAAAAAUAUCAAGGUGACACCGGCACAACCCAGAGUCAAAGCAUCGAACAAGCAGCUGAGGACCACUGUAGGAGACAAGUUUCGAAGUUCCUUGUACCUGUUAAUGGAGACGCUGAAUGCUACAACACCUCAUUAUGUGCGCUGCAUUAAACCCAAUGAGGAGAAACUGGCUUUUGAGUACGACUCAAAGCGUGUGGUGCAGCAGCUGAGAGCCUGUGGUGUGCUGGAGACCAUCCGUAUCAGUGCCCAGAGUUACCCGUCCAGAUGGACGUACAUAGAGUUUUACAGCCGUUACAGUAUACUGAUGAGCCAGGCCGAGCUGAAGCUGGGAGAGAAGAAGCAGACGUGCAAGACGGUUCUGCAGAGACUCAUUCCUGAUUCCAACCAGUACAAGUUCGGUCGGAGUAAGAUCUUCUUCCGGGCGGGACAGGUGGCGUACCUGGAGAAGCUGCGUUUGGAUCAUCUUCGAGCGGCUUGCGUCACCAUCCAGAAGCACGUGAGGGGCUGGAGGCAGAGACGCAGGUUCCUGCACAUGAGACAAGCUGCCAUCACUAUCCAACAGUACGUGCGUGGAAAGAAACAGAUCAGACGCAGUAUAACAGCUCUGGCGCUGAAGCAGGCCUGGGCCGCUGUGGUGAUCCAGAGACACUGUCGUGGGUAUCUGGUCCGGAGGGUUUAUCAGCUCGUCCUGAGGGCUGCUGUCAUUAUCCAGGCCUACACCAGAGGAUGGACGGCCCGCAAGCGCUACAGAAAGGCAGAGUCUCUGCGUUUGUCAUUUUGCGUGAAGCGUUUCAUGAUGGUCACUCAUUUGAUUGUGAGUUUUUGUGUGUUAUUGCAGAUGGUGGCGGUACACAAGGCUGUGGUUCUGCAGAAAUACGCCCGAGCUUGGCUGGCGCGCCGGCGCUUUCAAACCAUGCGACGUCUGGUCAUCAACGUGCAGCUCUCGUACCGAGUCCAGCAGCUGCGCAAGAAAAUAGAAGAGCAGAAUAAAGAGAACCGAGGCCUUAUGGAGAGACUCACCAGUUUGUCUAAUGCUCGUGCUCAAGGACUAGAAAAGAUCCAGGCUCUGGAGGCGGAGCUUGGAAAGCUAACCAAUGAGAUGGCAGCUUUAGAAGAGAGGGCGAGAACUAAGUCAGAAGAGGCCAAUCAGACAAUCGCUCUGCUUCAGAAUGACAAAGAGAAACUAACUGAGGCGAGUAAGGCUUUGGAGCAGAAACUGAAAGAGACGAGUCUGCAGAUGCAAGAUCAAUUUGAGGAUGUAAAGAGAAAACUGAUGGAGGAUUUAGAAAGAGAGGAGAGACUCAGAAAGGUGGCGGAGCACAACAGUGAACUCCAGAAGGAAGACUCGGAUAAAGAGAUGGUAGUACUGAAAGAGGAAAGCAGUAGACUGAGAGAGGAGCGAAUCAGGCUCCAGACGCAGGUGGAGGAGGACGAGAAGGUCAAUGCAGAACUGCAGGAACAAGUGCUGCAGCUCACCAAACACGUCAAGGUCAUCCCAGAUUUACGGAAAGAAAUCAACAGCCUGCAGAUACAGCGAGCUGAAGCUGAUAAAUCCCUAAGAGCUCAGAAUCUACAAAACAGAGCUAAGAUGAGUUUGAUCACCAGACAGCUGCUCGGUGAAGCUAAAGAGGAAAUUCUCAUCCAGAGACUUAAUGAAGAAGCUUUAGAUAAUGAUGAUGGAGCUGAUCUUCUCGCUGCUUUUGAAGCCAUGGAGAAAGCUGCUAAGGUGAUGGAAACUCAGCAGCGGGAGCAAAAGGAGACUUAUAAGAGUCAGCUGGAAGCUCUGGUGUUCAAAAACGAACAUUUAAACAAAGAGAACGAGCAGCUUCAAGCGCUCUUUCAAGAGAAGAGCAACGUCAACCAAAGCAUCGGACAGGAAGUGGCCCGUCUGUCUGCCGAGAACAUGGUGAUUCCAGAACUGAAGCAGCAGGUGUCAGAACUGAACCGCCACAAACAAGAGCUUGAGACCCAGUUACAAGAUCAGAGCGCUGAGAUGAGCGCAAAAAUAACGGCGUUAUCAAACGAGCUCCAGCUCACUGUUGACGAGGAGCGAUCGCAGCGCAGGCACCUCGAGGAGACGAUCACAGAGAGCGAGAGGAGAAGAGAAGAGAUGGAGAGACAGGUGGCUGACCUCCAGGACGAGAACCAGCAGCUGCAGAAAGCCCAGCUCUCAGAGAGCGAAGCCAAGAACAAACUCAGACAGGAGACAUCACGUCUCACAGCUGAGAAUAUGGACUUUGAGGAGCAGCUGGACAUGAAGGACAGACUGAUAAAACGACUCCAAGACCAAAUCAAAGCUCUUCAAACACAUGCGACAGCCAAUCAGAAAGCAGCACCGGCUGUGCCCAAAGAGUACUUGGGCAUGUUGGAGUACAAGAAGGAGGAUGAAAGCAGGCUGAUCCGGACACUUAUACUGGAGCUGAAACCCCGCGGUGUGAGUGUGCUGAUGAUCCCUGGUCUGGCCGCACAUCUCCUCUUCAUGUGUGUGAGACACGCCGAUUACCUCAAUGAUGGAAACAAACUCAAGUCCCUCAUGAACGGCAUCAUCUCAGCUAUCAAAGAGGUCAUCACGAGUCACCAGGAGAGUUUUGAAGUUCUGUCCUUCUGGCUCUCAAACACAUAUCACUUCCUCAACUGUCUCAAACAGUACAGCGGAGACGAGGAGUUCAUGAAGCACAACACUCCUCGCCAGAACAAGAACUGCCUGAGGAACUUCGACCUGUCAGAGCACCGGCAGAUUCUCAGCGACCUCGCCAUCAACAUCUACCAUCAGUUCAUCAGCUUGAUGGAGGACGCGCUCUUCCCCAUGAUCAUCCCUGGGAUGUUGGAGCACGAGAGUCUUCAGGGUAUCUCCAGCAUGAAGCCCACAGGUUUCCGUAAGCGCUCGAACAGCGUGUACGAGGACGGCGGGGACCACAGCGGGUCGGAGCCAUUCAGUGUGACAGACAUCCUGCAGCAGCUCGAUGUGUCUCACACCAGCAUGACGCAGCAUGGCAUGGAGCCUCAACUGCAGGGUCAGGUCAUAAGACAGCUGUUCUUCCUCAUCGGAGCCACAUCAGUCAACAGCAUUCUGCUCCGCAAAGACCUGUGCUCCUGCCGCAAGGGCAUGCAAAUCAGGUGUAACAUCAGUUAUCUGGAGGAGUGGCUGCGAGAGAAGGAUCUGCAGAGCAGCUGUGCCAUGGAAACACUUGGACCGCUCUCUCAGGUCGCCUGGAUUCUUCAAGUCAACAAGACCACAGAUGAAGACGCAGCCGAGAUCAAGCAGAGAUGCUCCGAGCUCUCUCCUGUGCAGAUUGUAAAAAUCCUUAACUCCUACACACCCAUUGAUGAUUUCGAAAAGCGUGUCACUCCGUCGUUUGUCCGCAAAGUUCAGGCGUUGCUUCAGGAGCGCGAGGGGUCGUCUCAGCUGAUGAUGGAUUCACAGUAUCGUUUCCAGGUUACCUUUCCCUUCUGUUCUUCUCCACAAGCACUAGAGCUCCUACAGGUGCCCAGCAACCUCCGCCUGGGCUUCGUCACUCGCAUCUGACCUUUAACCUCUGACCUUGGUUAUAUCAGGACCGGUACUUAACAUCAUCAUGCAUCUGUGUUGACAUGAAUGCAUCAUAUGAACACUGCACAGUAGCUGAUUUGCUAAUAUAAACUCAUUAAUGCUCUUGUAUGUUUUGAUUUAUUUGUAAAGAUUUUAAUCAUGUUCUCUAAAUGUGUAUUUUGAAUGAAUACUGUUGAGAUUGUAACUCUUUUAGAACAGCUUUUUUACAAGACCAACUAUGAACAGACACUGUAAAAUACAUUUCAAGAUCCCAAACCAACCUCAAAUGCUAAGCUUCAUUUUGUAAAUCCUAAAUAAUUGCCUCAAAUAGCUCUUUAUUUGAAUUUUUGUAUAAAUCUGAAAUAAAUCAAUAAAC